CACAGCUUCACAGACGGUAUCGAUUCGCCGACAUCCACCACCACAACAAAAAUGUCCCAGUUGGGUAGAUCAUCGCGCGCCUGCAUUCUAUGCCAUAAAAAAAAGGUUAAAUGCGAUCUUGCGUCAGGGAAGCAGCCAUGUACAAACUGCGAGUUAGGGGAUCUUAGAUGCAGGCCGCACCAACGGAAACGCAAACACUAUUCUAUAAGUCCUUCCCCGCCGCCCCCCACGGCUUCUCAGGCGCGUGAAUUUCCUCAAUCUAUCCUAGAGACGCAGGGACAUGGGGAUAUCCAUCCCGGGCCUCAAAAUGAUACGUGGAGGCCUGGAACCCCGUCUGUUUCGAGACAGUCCUGUACCCGAGAAACGCCAGCUCGAGUACUCACCCCAGUAACGCGAUCAGAAAGAAGCGUGCAUACGAUCAUUUCAGGUCAACCGCCUCAAGAAAUAGAUAAUGCACGUCCGACUCCCAGUGGGGAAAGCUACGUUGGUCGUAGCGAAUACCUCGGAGGUAAUAUACCAUUCAAUGAAAGUAUGGCAAUAGAAGCCAAUCCAGCUAGAAAUAUUGGGCUAUCGGAAGUUGACCUUCAAAUACUACAUCUACAGAAAGCGUUUGAUCUUCCUCCACGGGCCACUCGAGAAGGCCUCAUUGAUAAGUAUAUGGAGUUAUGCUCGCCAUGGACACCUAUCAUCGAGCGCAGUUGGCUGGAAGAGACAGAUGGCUCUCAACCUUCACUCUUACUACUACAGGCAGUAUUACUCGCAGGCAGCCGGGUAACAUCUAAUACCCUUGUGUAUGCAUCGUCCCAGGAGUUCUAUCGGAGGGCUCGGGCACUGUUCUUUUCUGGCUACGAGAAGAAUAUAAUGUUCUCGAUCAUGUCUCUUUGCCUGCUUCAGUGGUGGAAUCCAACAGGGCCAGAGGAGAUAUCGACUGAUACGAGCGGGUUCUGGGUGCGCAUUGCAGUUGGGAUGGCAUACCAAGUUGGACUACACCGGGAGCCGUCCGCGGCGAACAAAAAAGAUCAGAUGGGCAGGCGAAGACUAUGGUGGAGUCUUGUGUGCCGAGAUAAUAUCAUAUCUGUUGGUGUGGGGCGACCUCGAACUAUUAAUCUAGAAGACAGUGAUGUCCGCCUCCCCUCCGUCGAGGAUUUCCCCGUACAAGACUCCAAAGCCCGGUUAUUUGUUGCUUUUGUCUCGAUUUGUCAACUACUCGGAGAUGUGGCGCAGUGCUAUCGGCGAAAACGCCUCACGCCAUCACGCCGACAGGAUCUCGAAAACGCGUUGUAUCGAUGGGUCAAAGAGCUUCCCUCAGAAUUUCACGUACUCCACAAAGGCCGAAAAGACCCGAGCUCAUAUAAUUUUGAGGCACGACAAAUCCUUGUGCCAUACUUCGUCAUCUUAGUUAUCCUCAAUCGCGGGCCUGUUGCCGGAAGCGUCCCAUCCACAGUGUCUCUUGUUGCUUCAUCGUUUGUUGCGAGCAUAUACGAGGAGUUUAUUGCAAGGGAUGAAAUUCGCCAUCUUGGACCAGUAUUUGCAUUUUAUGCUCUUGCCGCUGGACUCUCACAGCUUUCCGGAUACAGAUACAGGUCACUAGGUAAUGCAGCAGAGGAAAACUUCAAGACCAUCCGGAUGUCGCUUGAGCUACUCUCUAAGAGGUGGGGGUCAGCGAACGGGGCCCUACGAGCUCUCCCCGAGGCUAGAAAAGCUGUCUUACGAUUGCCACUGUAUAGUGAGCCUCCGGCAUGCAUUCCGACAAACUCUCUCUUGCUUUUUAGCGACUUCGAUGCAAGUCGCUGCAACAUGGGGCAUCUGUGUGACACGAAUACAACGAUCCCAGAUUAUGGGGCAGAGAAUGUUGGAGGAGACCAAUUUGCGACUGCUGAUAUGGGGCCGGUUGUGUCAAGCCUCCAACAGCGCGAGCAGCUUGGGAUACAGGCAGGACAGCUGCCAGCGAUAGGGAUGCUGGGGGAAACCUCCGAAAAUUUAUUUGAGGCGUCGCCCUCUGCAUUUCCCAUGUUUGCCGACGGAGGGUAUGAAUACCAGCAACUAGAAAGCUUCUGGGGGUCGGCAGAUCCACUUGGCUCUUGGCUACUGGAUGAUUUUCAUCAUUAAGGCAUCUGACCACGCAGCUCGUCGUCAUUAGGAGCAUUCACGAGGCAUAAUUCCAGAAUUAGGCGCCAUAUACGAUCUACCUCAAGACGAUACAUCGUGCAUUGCCUCGCGAUAUCCUGAGAACCGACGAAUAUUAUUAAAAUUUAUUCAUUAUUUACAUAUCCUUCUAAACUCGCAACUCCCGAGACAGGCUCCUGGCCCAUAUGCGUGCAGAACAGUUCUGCCAUCAGUUCGUCAUUCCAGUCAUCAUUGUCAUUCUCCGUAGUUGAAAUAUCCGAAGGAGGAUACGAAGUAGCAAUUUUGAAACCCGGGGUACCAAGUGACAAAUUAUCGUCCAUCUCACUACCCGUUCUCGGCUUAAACAUACUGUCUGGCGGCGGAGAAAGUAAUUCCUCGCCCGAAUGUGUAGAUUUGGAAGUGUUCAUUACAUCCUGCAAGAUGUCCAUUGCCUGUUGAACUCUACUCAACGUUGUGGGCUCCGGUUCCCAGGUACUUCGUUCCUUGCCUCUUCCGCCCUCCUCCGCAUUUUGGAAGUAUAGCCGGAACUUUUCAACAAUGUGAGGGGGCAUCAUAUUUAACCAUCGUGAAAGCUCUGGAUCUUCGGGCGUUGGAAAGCUCGGCUUUUGCGCUGGGAAUGAUCCCGGAUAACAGUCUCCAUUAUGACCCGCAUUCCUGGUCGCCGAAAGUUGAGUCUGGCCAUCGAUUUGAGACUGUGAAUUUAGGUACUGAUUCCGAAUAAAUUGCAAAGGAUGGUUUGCUCCGAGGCGUUCUAACGAGGGCAGCCAGUCGCCAGAAAUAGAAUCAAUCGGCGUAAGUGGAUGAUAAAGAGGAUUGACGUCGUAGCGCUUCUUUCGACGCUCGGGAACCACACACUCUUUCUUGUCAAGUUUGCAAUUGCAACAAGGAAUGCCAUGCUCUGCCACAUCGCACCUCACUUUCCUCGAUCUACAGCCGCGGCAGGCCAUUGUUGCUCUUCUCCGGCCAUUAGAUUUGGGGGUUUUAGACUUGGAAGGUCUUGCCCGUUCGUCUGGAGAAGCAGGAGGCGUCUGCGACGGUGAUAAACAUUGCUCCAUGGGACAUUGCUCAUCACUCAUGAUGUAGGAUUUAUGUAAGUUAUGUAUCGGAAAUAUGUUGUGAAAUGAUAUAGGUGAUAAAUCCCUUCAGCAAGCAGUUGAGAGCUAUGGAGUAGUAUAACUAGAUGAGGAAAGGCACCGAUUUAAGAGCUUCAUCCUCGUAAUUAUUAUACUGUGCCGGCGAUUCUCGGAUGCACUAGAUAUAAUCUGUCAGAUGCCUGUGGUAUGGUGUGACGGCAACCCCAAUUAAGUUGGUAUUGGUGUGCCGGCAAUCCUAGUUAAGUUAGUCUCGGCGAACGACGGCGAUGGUCCCCCAACGACAUCCAAAC